AUGUUAUCGGGAGUCGACAUCAGACACAACAAGGACCGUAAGGUGCACAGGAAAGAGCCCAAAAGCCAGGAUAUCUACCUGAGGCUCCUGGUUAAGCUGUACAGGUUCCUGGCCCGCCGCUCUAAUGCAUCCUUCAACAAGGUUAUCCUGAAGAGGCUCUUCAUGAGCAGGAGCAACAGGCCUCCCAUCUCCAUUUCUCGCUUGAUCCGCAAGAUGAAACUGCCCGGCCGCGACAACAAAAUCGCCGUCGUCGUGGGGACAAUCACCGACGAUGUCAGGAUCCAGAAUAUUCCCAAGCUCAAGGUGUGCGCUCUGAGGGUGACCGACGGCGCUCGUCGCAGGAUCCUGAAAGCCGGAGGCCAGGUGAUGACUUUUGACCAGUUGGCUAUGACUGCACCUAAAGGACAAGGCACAGUGCUUCUGUCUGGUCCUCGCAAGGGCAGAGAGGUCUACAGGCACUUUGGAAAAGCUCCUGGAACUCCUCACAGCCACACCAAGCCCUACGUGCGUUCCAAGGGCAGGAAAUUCGAGAGAGCCCGUGGUCGCCGAGCCAGUCGCGGCUACAAGAACUAA